UUGAUUUUUUUUUAUUUUCAUCACACACAAACCCAAGAUGACGAUGUUGACCUUGGAAAAAAGAAAAUAAAACAUGGAUGAUGCCGGGUGUGUUGUUGCAAAAGAUCUUUAAUGUUAAUUUCAUAAAUAAAGUCCAAAAAAUAAUAAAUAAAUUUGAUUAUAAUUUAAGUUUAAGUGAUAGUUAUUGUGAUGAAUAUUAAACGUAGUGUUGUAACAUUGUCACUUUGGUUGAUUUAUUAUUUUCAAGAGACAUCAUGUUUUGAUCCAAUAACUAUUGGAGCUGGUGCAGUAUUUACAGCUGGAUCAAUUUAUUCUGGAUUUAAAUAUUUUACAAAUGAUUGUAAAAGCAAUGAAUGUUGUAACAAUGAAAAUUGGAUAAAAAAAGAUAUGCAAGCUCUAAAAAUGGCAAUGAAUCAACGUCUAUUUGGUCAACAUAUUGCACAUACAACAGUAUUAGCAGCAAUGACAUCUCAUAUAAAUAAUCCAGAACCAAAAAAAGCAUUGACAAUGAGUUUUCAUGGUCUACCUGGUUCAGGAAAAAAUUAUUUAUCAUCAAUGAUUGCAAAUUCAUAUUUUACAAAAGGUGAAAAUAGUAAAUAUUAUCAUUUUUUUAAUGGUAGAACAGAAUUUACAAAUGAUCAACAUAUUGAUAAAUAUAAAUUAUCAAUUAAAAAAAAAAUAAUUGAUAGUUUAAUUGAUUGUCCAAAUUCAAUAUUUGUAUUUGAUGAAGUUGAUAUGAUGCCACAAGGUGUAUUAAAUGUACUUGUACCAUUUUUACAAUAUGGAAAACAUCAAAAUAUAUAUAAUGAUAAUGAUCAACAUAUUGAUAUUAAAACAAAUAAUGCAAUAUAUAUUUUUUUAUCAAAUACUGGUAGUCAUGAAAUAAUAAAUACAUUAAUUAAAAUAUGGGAAAAUGGUGGUAAUCGUGAUAAUACAAAGCUAAGUGAUUUUGAAAAUAUUAUAACAAUGGGGGCAUUUAAUGAAAUUGGUGGUUUUAAAAAUAGUCAUACAAUAAGUACAAAUUUAAUUGAUCAUUAUGUACCAUUUUUACCAAUGGAAGAAAAACAUAUUAAACGUUGUAUUGAAAUUGAAUUUAAUGAUAAAAAUUAUAAACCAAGUGAUGAUGAUAUUAAUGAAGUCAUGUCAUAUGUUACAUUUGAUUCAUCAACACACAAUUUAUUUGCUAAAUCUGGAUGUAAAAGAUUAUCACUUAAAAUAGCAACAAUUGUUUAUCAAAAAAGAGAUAAGUUUUUAUAA